AUGUCCCAGCCUGAGGGACACAGGAGGAGGCCGGGGCCCCUGGGGCCUCCCGUGCGCAGCAUCCGCCCCUUCAAGUCCAGUGAGCAGUACCUGGAGGCCAUGAAGGAAGACCUGGCCGAGUGGCUUCGGAAUCUCUACGGGCUGGACAUCGACGCAGCCAACUUCCUGCAGGUGCUGGAGACGGGCCUGGUGCUGUGCCGGCACGCCAAUGCCAUCACCGAGGCUGCGCUGGCCUUCCUGGCUCAGGCUCCCGCCCCAGCCCAAAGACUUGUCGUGCCCCGGGCGGGGGUGGCCUGCAACGGGGCUGCCCAGCCGGGCACCUUCCAGGCCAGGGACAACGUCUCCAACUUCAUCCAGUGGUGUCGCAAGGAGAUGGGCAUCCAAGAGGUGCUGAUGUUCGAGACGGAGGACCUGGUGCUGCGCAAGAACGUGAAGAGCGUGGUGCUGUGUCUGCUGGAGCUGGGCCGCCGCGCCUGGCGCUUCGGCGUGGCCGCGCCCACCCUCGUGCAGCUGGAGGAGGAGAUCGACGAGGAGCUGCGGCGCGAGCUGGCGCUGCCCCCCGCCGACCCGCCGCGGCCCGCGCCUCCCGCGCGCCGGCCCUGCCACUUCCGCAACCUGGACCACGUGGUGCAGAGCCUGGUGAGCCGCUGCACGUGCCCAGUGCAGUUCUCCAUGGUCAAGGUGUCUGAGGGCAGGUACCGCGUGGGGGACUCCAACACUCUCAUCUUCAUCCGGAUCCUGCGGGACCACGUGAUGGUGCGUGUUGGGGGCGGCUGGGACACGCUCGGCCAUUAUCUGGACAAACACGACCCCUGCCGGUGCACCUCCCUCUCGCACAAGCCAGGCAGCUUCCUGAAGCCCCCAGGCCCACCAGUGCAGCACGAAGUGAGGGUGCAGGACGGACCCUCGCAGCCCCAGCCUACGAUGACCAUCAGUCGCUCCCAGAGCCCGCUGCCCCCUGUGGACUGGAAGACGUACACAGCGGCAGGCCGAAAGCUAAGACCCCCAGCCUCCUCCUCCCCCAGAACCUGCAGUGAACAAGGAGCAGUGGCAGGGGUCCUCCGCGAGGUGGCGCCAUUCCUGAGGUCCCAGGAGAGGUCACUCACCCCGUCUCAGAGGCAGCUGCCAGCUGGGGACGGCUCACCAAGUCCCCAAUCUUUGUCCACCCCUAGCGGCCAAGAGCCACAGCGCACCUCAUCAGGGAAGAGAGAGCACAGAUGCUCCCCCACACUCUCCAGAGGAAGGACUCCCACAGCUUGGAUUCAUGAGGAGACAGACAGCCGGGGAGCCCACACCAGGGCCCCCACGCCCCAGAGACUCCGAGUCCCUGAGGCCACCACCAAAGGGACAUCAGCGAGAGGACCUUCUCCCCUGCCUCAUCCCUGUGGCUCAGCCCAGCCCCUGGGCCUCAGGCUGCCCCUCCAAGGAGAGGCGGAGGGUGCUUCCCCGCCCAUCAGGGAGCCCGCACCCAUCCACACCCCCUCUCCUGUUAAAGGAUUCACCAGGAUCCCCAUUCGGCUGCCCCUAGCCCGCCCCCCCACACCAGGUACCACAAGUGGAGGUCCCACUGCGAAGCCAGGGAGAGGCCCUUUCCCGCUAGGGGCUGUCACAGGAGACCUGGCUGGGUCCAGACAUGGGGACGGCUGUGUCGCAAUGAACCAGGGGGAGCAGAAGCCACACACCCGCCUCACCGCAGAGGCUGAAGAACCACGGGGACUGGGUCUUCAGGAGCAGGAGGGGAGGCUCACUCCCCGGCCCCUGGGCAGGACCAAGGAGCAGGCCGUCUACCAUAGCCUCGAAGAGGAGAUUUUGACCAACAUGAAGCUUCUAGAGGUGGGCGCUGCCCAUCCUCGGGGCACAGGGCCUCAGGGCAUCCCUCGCAGUGGAGUCUACGUCCCCAGCCUGGGUGCGCCAUGGCCCGAGACUGUCGGCCUUUAUGACAAAGUCAUUCAAGAACUGGCUCAGGGCCCCCCACCUCUCCUGAAAGUAGACUUGGGAGCCUGGAAGGCAGCCCCAACCGGCUCCCCUAAGCCAGCUGCUACCACAAGCCCAGAAAGCCCCAAAGGGAAGCUGGGAGCCAGAGCAAAGCCAAGCAUCUGUGCCAAGGGCACCAGGAUGGGGAAGGGCCCGCCUCACAGAGGGCAGGGCUACUCAGGGCCUGCUGUGUCUGCCACCCUGGACCUGGCCACUGCGUCACCCGUGGACCCCAGUGCUGACAAAGCCAAGACACAUCUGGGCACGAAGAAGAGCAAGAGAACACUCCGGAAGCCCCAGAGGAUCCCAUCCAUCUACAAGCUGAAGCUGAGGCCCAGGAUCCGGCCCCGGAGAGACCACAGGCCUGAAAAACGGCCAUCACGAAUCCCCAAGCCCCUGGCCUACCUCUGCCUGGGUCCAGCCAGGCCACCCCCCAGGGGCAGGCUGAGAGCAGCACUGGGCAGCAAGGGAGGGCAGGUGUCCCUGGUGGAUGGGGCUUUGGCAGAUGAGGAGGGGGAAGAAAAUGAGAGGAGGGAGCCAGCCACCCCAGGGAAGAGCAACCCCCAGCCUUCAGGGGGCCAGCAGCCUCCGCAGCUCCCUCCGGCCCCACCCCCACUUGAGGAGGAAUCCUGGGUCUGA